CACGCCCCCGCCACGUGACGGGCCGGUGCCAGGUGGCGAUUGGCUGAGAGUGGUCACGUGUCCUGGACGCGGCGCGGGGGCGGGGCCGCGGUUGCCGGGGCGACACCGGUGGCGGCUGAGGGGAGAUCGAGACAGCUGUAUCAGCGAUGAGAAGUAGCAGCAGCCCUUAGCAAUGGGUGAUGUUUUAGCAUAUGAGGCCGAGUUACUUGGACUAGUGAAAGAGUAUUUGGAUUUUGCCGGAUUUCAAGAAACAGUGAAAGUAUUUAAAAAGGAAUGUAAAAUAAAAGGGAAGCCACUACCUAAACCAGCAGAUGUUUCAUCAGAAGAUUCAUUGCCUGUUCAGGAAGAAAUGCUUACAGCAUUUGAAGAUGGUGAUCAGAAAGUUUUCUUCCGGCUCUGGGAGGAGCAUAUUUUGUCUUCAGUCCAUGACAGUGAUCCAGUUGCUCAGAACCUGGAGUUCUAUCUCCACAUCUACUUUGCUAUCUUCCUCUUGAAACAAACUAUGGGAAAGCCUGACAAAGCUGAACUUGAUGAAAGGAUUUCUUAUUUCAAGGCAUACCUGGAAACAAAAGGAGCUGCACUGAGCCAGACUACAGAGUUUCUUCCCUUCUAUGCUUUGCCGUUUGUUCCAAACCCCAUGGUACAUCCUUCCUUUAAAGAACUUUUCCAGGAUUCUUGGACACUGGAUUUAAGGACAAGAUUGGAAACAUUCCUGUCUCUGGCUCUCAAAGCCAGACAGACUCCUCGGCUUCUCACUAUAUUUAAGGAGAGUGGACAGUGCAACAAAGAAAUGAUGCAACAUCUUCAUCAGCAGUUAGUGAAGCGUGAGCACAGGUACAUGACCAACCUGAAACGAUUGCGCAAGUUGCAGAUGGACUACCGUGGUCUCCUUGAAGUCACUGCAGAGCUGGUGGAUUCUUUGGAGGCCACAGUCACUGGCAAGAUGAUUACACCAGAGUAUAUUCAAAGUGUUUGUGCUUGCUUGUUUAGCAAUCAUUUGAAACAAACUGUAGCACACAACAUUGACUUCACAAGGCCUGGAACUGGAUAUUACUCUAUGAGCCCUUGUGAUGACGGAUAUGCUUCCACACUGUUAAGAGCAUCUUUAUCCUCUAUGAAGGUGCAGGAUGUGCCAUUGCUGCCCUCUCUGGAUUAUGAGAAGCUGAAGAAAGAUUUGAUUACAGGGAGUGAUCGUCUCAAGGCUCUCUUACUGCAGGCUCUGCGCUGGCGCUUGACAACAUCAUAUCCUGGAGAACAGAGAGACACUAUCAUGCAAGCCUACAUCAGUAAUGACCUCCUGGAUUGCCACAGCAACUGUCAGAGAAGUGUCCUCCAAUUAUUAUAUUCUAAGAGUGAGGUAGUCAGACAGUAUAUGGCAAGGCUCAUCAAUGCUUUUGCUUCACUGAUAGAAGGUCGUGCCUACCUUUCUCAGAACCCAACAUUGCUGCAAAUGCUGGAGGACAGACUGAAAGCUGAAGACAAGGAUUCCCUUACAUGGGAGAAUGUUCUGGGGGCUCUGCAGAAAUUCAGCCUCAGGCGCACACUGCAGUCAGCAAUGAUCAAAGAUGGGCUCAUUUUCUGGCUGGUUGAUGUUCUAAUAGACCCAGAUUGCCUGUCUGAUUACAACCUGGAGUACUGUGCUGCCUUGCUCAUGAAUCUUUGUCUGCGGAGUGCAGGGAAGAAAAUAUGUGCAAGUAUCCCAAACCCCAUGCUCAGAGUUCUUUCUGGUCUUCUUGACCAUGAGAAUCCUAAGGUCCAGUCAUAUGUGAAUGGAGUACUGUACAGUAUUCUGGCCAUCCCUUCUGUCCGAGAAGAAGCCAAAGAAAUGGGAAUGGAAGAGAUUCUGCGCUGCCUUAUCAAGGAAAGAAAUGAAGAGAUGAUUCGACAGAUGGAAUUUGUUAUCAAGCAACUCAAUUCAGAAGAGCCAUUCAAUGAUAGUAUUGUGUCUGAUGAUGAUGAGGAAGAGGAGUAUGAGGAAGAGGACAAUGACAUCCUGGAGCCUGAUCUGGACAAAGAUGAGGUUUUGCUGCCUCAGCUGGGGGAGCUUUCAGGAGAGAAGCUGCUAACAACGGAGUACUUGGGAAUAAUGACUCACACUCCAAAAAGUAAGAAGAAGCAAUUUGCUGGUGUCCAUCAGUGUAUAGAUGAGCCUCUCCAGAGACCUGUGACACCAGGUUAUCACAGAACUGCAUAUCUAAUGCCAGAAAACAGUUCCAGUUCCUGUCACGACAGGGAUGAGAAGCUGCAGUCUCCAGCAAGUGGUGCUUCUUCCACUUGUGGUGGGAGACAGUCCAGCAUUUCUGACUUCUGCAUUUCCCCCUCCUCAGCAGUUGAAAUGAAGUCAUCUGAAGUAUUUGCAUCAGGCCAUAGAAUGGACCAACACAUCCCAGCUGGUGAUACCUUAUCUUCUCAAUCUGCUGACUUCACUGAGGACAAAGUAAACGGUCCAUCACACAGUGACUUUGCCCUAGCCUUCACCAGCAAACCCAAGAUCCCGCGCACUCCUGACGGGCAGAGCAGCAGCCCUAGAAAGGGAAAGGUCCCAGGCAUUGCCCCCCAGUUCUCUCAGUCUGGACCCCAACAAUCAAGCCAUCCAAGCUCCUCAGGAUCUACAAGGAGUAGACAGAGCAGCCAGUCCUACAGGAAGUGAGAACAGUUCCUUUCCUCGAGAAUCACCUGUCACAUUGCAGAAGGACAGAGCCAGCUUCCUGUAAUGAGCUUUACUGGUGACCUACAGAGGAGAGGGAGGCUGUUGGCACUGCAGGCCUUGCACAGGGACUGGGGAUUAUCUGAUGGGAUGUGUCUGUGGGCUCUAAAACUGGCUAAGACAAGGGCCUUGUUAUUAGAAUUCGAGGUCUCAGCAGCAGCCCAGGACUGACACAGGAGAUGGAUAUUUUCUGAUAGUUUACUCUAAAGUGACAUUGCCACCUUGAGAAGAAACUCUUCCUCUCUGCCUUCUGUGUCAGUGUAAAGGGUCUUUGGAAACAGAAUGUAGGCUCAGCCCAGGAGUCUUACCAUGAAACUGUAUUUUUUACUUAAUGCUUGCUGAAGCAGCCUGCCAAUUGCUUUUUUAAAUUUUGCCUGUGUGACUGGGUUGGGAGGUGUCUGUGUUCAAAGGACCUGCACAAAGAGGGACAGUGUCUGCCACAUGUGCAGAGCCCUCCAGCCUAGAGCAGCCCUGUGUGGGGUGAGAUCUUCCUGACCCUGAAGAGGAGGUAUUUUAUCAACUUCUGGCUGACCUGUAGCAGAUGAAAAACACUGUUACAGUGCCCAAGGCACCAUCCAUGCUCGCCUCUGAGGUCUUUAUCAGCAGCAAUUAGUCCUAUUACUUCUUUCUGCAUUUUUUUGUUAAUUCUACUGUUUAACAUCUGUGGAAUGAAAAAUCUUUUUUUUUUCUCCCUGGAAUGAAGAGCUUUGCUUCUUCAUUCAUGGAAGAAACCAUGAGAAUGUGAACAGAUCAGAAGCAGCUUUCUCUUUACAUGUAACUGUGCUCCAUCUUCUUUGGUGUUUGUUGGCUUUUUACCUUCUUCACUUCAGAGCAAUGACUGUUUAUGUCUUUGUGGAAUUUGUGCUGGUCUUUGGUGCCUGUGAAGUGCUGGCUAGACAAGAGAGAUCAGGAAUCCUUCCACUAAAUAAAAAGCAGCAGUUAGUUCUGCCAGUGAAUUACAAAGCUAGUGCUGUUUGUUCUUUCUCUCAACAGUAACAGUGACCAGGAAACACUGAAGCCUUCACUGGGGGUUGGCUUUUCAGUUACACCCCUUGAUGUGACAGCUGCUAGGACACAUAAAUGCAGUUUACAUUGGGACUUGGCUGCUAGGGAGGCAGAGAUGUACAAAAAGCUGACAAUGUAUUUGCCAUAGUCAGACUUCAGAAACAAAUGUUUGAUUGAGUAUGAAGACACGGAAGGUAAGGCUUUGGUUUUGGAGAGCAAACAAGUGGAACACAGCCUGCAAGGUAAAGCAACUGCUGUAAUGACAGCACCUUCCCCUAAAGUAAAGAGUUGUAAAGCCAUUUCUGUAGAGCCAGAAGAAAGCUUUGUGCUUCCAACAAGACAUUGAAUUGGGCCUCUCGCUCUGUGGUGGCAACUGAAGAGCCAAGGCCACUGAUGUCAUUGCUUCAGGCCCACUGAGAUCAGUGAUGCUGUGUCAAAUGUUUGCAGAAAGGGCUCCCACACAAAAGCUCCUGAUAGGCUUUGGAUAGACUUUAAAUCAGAAUGGGGUUUUUUUGUAGAAGACCUCCUGUGGCUUAAAAUCCAGUCAAUUCAUGUGGAAGUUACAAUUGACUACUCAGUAACACCAAGCAGGCAGAGUUUGGGUAUUGCUUUAGCUCCCAAAGUACCCAGGACAUGAAGUGACUACAGGCACUUGCUUUCCUCUGUCACACAGAUCCCCAUGCCAGACAAAGGAGUCACAGACAAUCUCUGACUUGUGCUUAGAGUCAUCUGCCUCCUCUCAGAGCUGAUAAACACAACUAAUGGGAAAAUGUCCUCUGGUUCACGAAAAGGCAGUAAUGGAAAACAGUCAUAAAAGUUCACCUCUGGCUUUCCAGGAUAGGCAGAAUUUCCUCUGAAAUUCUGGUUUUUUUCCAGCACUGUACCAUCAACAGCCAAGUUGUGAAUGAAGUGCUAAGCAGUUCAUUUGCAUACAUGAAUAACAGAAUGCUCCAGUAGCUGAGUUUUUAUUAUCUUACAGCAGUGCUGUGUUUCAUGUUGGAUCUAUGCUAUGUUCAUGCUACAUCUGAUUGUGUAAGAUGGAGAGCAGCUUUUGAAAAGUGUUGAGAGCAGACUAAUUUUUUUUUUUUUGGGUGGGAACAGCAACCCCAAAACCUCACCGAUUCUAUGAAUUGAGGUAAAACUUCACCACCCCUUGCCAGACACCCCAAGGUGAUUGGUAGGUGUGGCAGUUGCUCCAGCAGAUCAAGAUUCAUGAAAACCAUCUUGCUGAGUUGGACUGAAAGGAACCAACUGAAGUGUGUGUGCUUGAGUGUUUCUUGCUCAGGCCUGUUGCACAGCAGAACUCUAUAUGAAUAUUUUCCCAUGUUCUCUUAGCUGUGUGAGUAUGGAGGUGGAAAUCCAAGACUGUUUUUAUAUUAAUGCAUGAGAAUCCUAAUUUUCCUAAUACCUGAGAGAAACUGUGGAUGUGCUUGGAGAUAAGUUAUCAGCUGGACAGUAAUUUCAGAGGCUGAGGAAGUAACAUGUCCUCCUUUCCUCUGUCUUCACAAAAAAGCCCCUGUGAUGGCAAUCAGGAGAUUUGAAGCUAAUAAAAAAUGUCAAUUCUGCCUUUGUUCAUAGAACUGCACUCUUUGGGGUGGAAAGGUCCCUGAAUGGAGGUCAGUAGCACACACAUAGCAAAUUCAGCACCUCACUCUGAAAAGUUGUUGGGUGUCUUUUGCAUGUGCCAUGAAGAGGUAGCUGCUAGAUUCAACACCUUCCUGAGGAAUUCAUAACAGGAGCAGUGGAAAUUGCUGCCCCUGUGGGAGGGGUGUGAUUGCAAUUAGAGUGGCUGUAAUUUCUUUCACAAAAAGCAAAUAAAAUUAUUGCAAACAACACACGGAUCUGCAAGGGAAGUUUUUCCGGGACCAAAGUCCUAAGUGGUGCUACCUUGCCUUUUGGAUGGAACUACUGUAUAUUCAGUGUCAUUUUGUUUAUGCAGAGAGUUAUUUGAGUCUGUUUAAGGCUACUGAAUUUUGCAUAGAGGGCUUAUUCUGUAUGUCUUUCCAUGACUAAAUAAAAAUGCUCCUAAAGGGUU